AUAUAUAUAAAUCUCUCAUCAUUUCCAGUUCUUCAUAACUGAAAAAGAUAAACAGAGGGAUCACAUUGUGUUGUACCUGUAGCUUAGUGUAUUCUACGUUGAUUACGAAGGAAGAAGCUAUGGCUGCCUGUUCGAGGCGAGGCAAUUCUCUCGUCGUGCUAGCGAUCGUUUUAUUAGGCUGUCUUUCUGCACUUUCCAAUGCAAAGGAGGAGGCUACAAAACUUGGUACCGUUAUAGGAAUUGAUCUUGGGACAACCUAUUCCUGUGUUGGGGUGUACAAGAAUGGUCAUGUGGAGAUUAUAGCUAAUGACCAAGGAAACAGGAUUACACCAUCAUGGGUUGCAUUCACUGAUAACGAGAGAUUGAUUGGUGAGGCUGCCAAGAACCUGGCUGCGGUCAACCCAGAAAGAACAAUCUUUGAUGUUAAGAGGCUGAUUGGAAGAAAAUUUGAAGAUAAGGAAGUACAGAGGGAUAUGAAGCUGGUACCGUACAAGAUUGUCAGCAAGGAUGGAAAGCCCUACAUACAAGUCAAAAUCAAGGAUGGAGAAGUUAAGGUAUUUAGUCCUGAGGAAAUCAGCGCCAUGAUUUUGACAAAGAUGAAAGAGACAGCCGAAGCAUUCCUUGGGAAGACUAUUAAGGAUGCUGUGGUCACUGUUCCUGCAUAUUUCAAUGAUGCACAAAGACAGGCGACAAAGGAUGCUGGUGUUAUUGCUGGAUUAAAUGUUGCUAGGAUCAUUAAUGAGCCAACAGCUGCAGCCAUUGCCUACGGACUGGAUAAGAAAGGUGGUGAGAAGAACAUUCUUGUCUUUGACCUUGGUGGUGGGACAUUCGAUGUCAGUAUUCUGACCAUUGACAAUGGUGUAUUUGAGGUUCUUGCAACAAAUGGUGACACCCAUCUUGGAGGUGAGGACUUUGAUCAAAGGAUUAUGGAAUACUUCAUCAAGUUGAUCAAGAAGAAGCAUGGAAAGGACAUCAGCAAGGACAACAGAGCUCUUGGAAAGCUAAGGAGAGAAGCUGAGCGUGCCAAGAGAUCCCUUAGUAGCCAGCACCAAGUCCGGGUUGAGAUUGAAUCAUUAUUUGAUGGUACUGAUUUCUCUGAACCACUGACCCGUGCUCGCUUUGAGGAGUUGAACAAUGAUCUCUUCAGAAAGACAAUGGGACCUGUGAAGAAGGCAAUGGAUGAUGCUGGCCUACAAAAGAACCAGAUUGAUGAGAUUGUUCUUGUUGGUGGAAGCACCAGAAUUCCUAAGGUGCAACAGCUCCUCAAAGACUAUUUUGACGGGAAGGAGCCCAGCAAGGGUGUAAAUCCUGAUGAAGCAGUUGCUUAUGGUGCUGCUGUUCAAGGUGGUAUCCUCAGUGGUGAGGGUGGAGAUGAAACUAAAGAUAUCCUUCUCCUGGAUGUCGCUCCUCUCACCCUUGGUAUUGAAACCGUUGGUGGUGUGAUGACCAAAUUGAUCCCCAGAAAUACCGUUAUCCCAACCAAGAAGUCCCAGGUCUUCACCACUUACCAAGACCAGCAGACCACUGUCUCCAUUCAGGUUUUUGAAGGUGAAAGGAGUCUUACCAAGGACUGUAGGAAUCUCGGGAAGUUUGAUCUUACAGGAAUUCCUCCAGCUCCAAGGGGAACCCCCCAAAUUGAGGUCACAUUCGAAGUUGAUGCCAAUGGUAUCUUGAAUGUCAAAGCAGAAGACAAGGGUACUGGAAAAGCAGAGAAGAUUACCAUUACAAACGACAAGGGCCGCUUAAGCCAAGAAGAGAUUGAGCGUAUGGUUCGUGAAGCAGAAGAGUUUGCUGAGGAAGACAAGAAAGUGAAGGAGAAGAUUGAUGCCCGUAACGCUUUGGAAACCUACGUGUACAACAUGAAGAAUCAAAUCAACGACAAGGACAAAUUAGCUGACAAACUCGAGUCUGAUGAGAAGGAGAAGAUUGAGACAGCAACGAAAGAAGCCCUUGAAUGGUUAGACGAUAACCAGAGCGCCGAGAAAGAGGACUAUGACGAGAAGCUCAAAGAGGUCGAGGCAGUUUGCAACCCAAUCAUCACAGCUGUUUAUCAACGAUCAGGUGGAGCCCCAGGUGGCGGUGCAUCGGAAGAAGAAGAUGACAGCCAUGAUGAGCUGUAAGCUGUUCCAAAGAAUCUCCAUUGAUACUGCAAAGAUGCAGGAAAUGAGGAUAUAUAGAGUAGUUUGAAGUGAGGGUUAGUGCAAGUUUUGUCAUUCGUUCUGAAAAAUCUCUCCC